AGUGCAGGUUCCAGCUUAGCGUGAGUUUCUGACUUUGGAGUCGGACCUGCCUCUCGCAGUCUCCUUUCUUUGUAUCCCGGGCCUGAGGGUCGCUACUGACUCUAAAUCCCCGCUCCCGCCCCACCACCCCAAGCAAAUUCAGACGUCUCGACCUCUGAAGACUUGUGCUGCCUGAGGAAGCCCAGAAGAGGAGGAAGAGGAAAGAACAGGAGUCAGGCAUGGCUCUCUCUCAGACACAGUUGACCAUCGAGGAUGUGGACAUCAAGUUCACUCCAGAGGAGUGGGAAUGCCUCGACCCUGCUCAGAGGGCCUUGUACUGGGAUGUGAUGGAGGAGACCUACAGGAACCUGCUGUCUGUGGGUUCGUCUUGUAUACAUGUGACCAAGAAAUUACAAGCAAAAGAAAACAGUGGAAAAGGAGAAAUUUUGCAAAGAGUGAUGUUUGGAAGAGCUGAAACCUAUGAAACCAAAGAUUUUUUCCUCGGGAAGAUAGAGGAAACUGUGCAUGGUUUUGAGAGUCUGUGGACAGAUGAUGAAAGAAGUGACAAAGGAAUGUCUAUGUCCCAUAACAGAAAUCUCACUGGUGGAAGAGAUCAUCAGAGUAGAAAGGAUGUAGGAGAUAAGCCUGUUGAAAUGCACAGAUCAAGCUUUCAUGAUGAAUUGCAGAUGCUUCAGUCUGAAGGGACAGUUUUUGAAUGUAGUCAAAUUGUGACGAAUAUCAACAGUAGUGCCUCAGGUUUGCCACCUCAGAGAACUCGUAGUGUCUGCAAAGGCAUUUCUCAUAAACAUGAGAGUGCUGUUAUGCAUCCCUCAGAACUGGCACCAGACCAGGAAUCACAGAAGAAAAAAUCUUACAAAUGUGAUGAGUGUGAUAUAAUGUUUCUUCAGGACUCAGAAUUCACUAGACAUCAAAGAAUCCAUACAGGAAGAAAACCAUAUAAAGAUGACGUGUGUGGCAAGGCCCUUAAUGUGAGCCUUGCAGUUCAUCGAACAAAUCAUACUGGAGAGAAGCCAUAUACAUGUGAUGUGUGUGGAAAGGCCUUUACUCGCAGAGAAAGCCAUGCACUUCAUCAGAUGCUUCAUACUGGAGAGAAACCAUAUAAAUGUGAUGUGUGUGGAAAGGCCUUUACUUACAAAAAAAGCCAUGCACUUCAUCAGACCCUUCAUACUGGAGAGAAACCGUAUAAAUGUGAUGUAUGUGGCCGUGGCUAUACUCGAAAGUCAAAACUUGAAAUUCAUCAGAGAAUUCAUACUGGAGAGAAUUCUUAUAAAUGUGAUGUAUGUGGCUGUGGCUUUACUGGAAAGAGACAUCUUGGAAGUCAUCGGAGAAUUCAUACUGAAGAGAAACCUUACAAAUGUAGUAGCUGUGACAAAUGUUUUUUUACACUGUCAUCCUUAAAUAUACAUCAGGCAGUUCAUACAGGUGAGAAAGCAUGUAAAUGUAAUUUAUGUGGCAAAAUAUUCAGUUCCAGGGGUAAAUUUGCAGUUCAUCAGAGAACUCAUACUGGAGAGAAACCAUAUAAAUGUGAUACAUGUGGAAAGGCCUUUGCUCGCAAAGAUAGCCAUGUACUUCAUCAGAUCCUUCAUACUGGAGAGAAACCAUAUAAAUGUGAAGUAUGUGGCCGUGGUUAUACUCGAAGCACACAACUUGCAAUUCAUCAGAGGGUUCAUACUGGAGAGAAACCAUAUAAAUGUGACAUAUGUGGCAAGGCCUUUAUUAUAAGUGGAAGCCUUACAUCUCAUCGGAAAGUUCAUACCAGAGAGAAACCAUAUAAAUGUGAUGUAUGUGGCAAGGCCUUUAGUGUAAAUGGAAGCCUUACAUCUCAUCGGAAUAUUCAUACUGGAGAGAAACCAUAUAAAUGUGAUGUAUGUGGUAAGGCCUUUAGUGUAUAUGGAAGCCUUACAUAUCAUCGGAAAAUUCAUACUGGAGAGAAACCAUACAAAUGUGAUGUAUGUGGUAAGGCCUUUAGUGUAAAUGGAAGACUUAAAUCUCAUCAGAAAACUCAUUCUGGAGAGAAACCAUAUAAAUGUGAAGUAUGUGGCAAGGCCUUUAGCUUCAAUGCAAGCCUUGCAGUUCAUCAGACCCUUCAUACUGGAGAGAAACCGUAUAAAUGUGAUGUAUGUGGUCGUGGCUAUACUCGAAAGUCAAAACUUGAAAUUCAUCAGAGAAUUCAUACUGGAGAGAAUUCUUAUAAAUGUGAUGUAUGUGGCCGUGGCUUUACUGGAAAGAGACAUCUUGGAAGUCAUCGGAGAAUUCAUACUGAAGAGAAACCUUACAAAUGUAGUAGCUGUGACAAACGUUUUUUUACACUAUCAUCCUUAAAUAUACAUCAGGCAGUUCAUACAGGUGAGACAGCAUGUAAAUGUAAUUUAUGUGGCAAAAUAUUCAGUUCCAGGGGUAACUGUGCAGUUCAUCAGAGAACUCAUACUGGAGAGAAACCAUAUAAAUGUGAUAUGUGUGGAAAGGCCUUUACUCGCAAAGAUAGCCAUGUACUUCAUCAGAUCCUUCAUACUGGAGAGAAACCAUAUAAAUGUGAAGUAUGUGGCCGUGGUUAUACUCGAAGCACACAACUUGCAAUUCAUCAGAGGGUUCAUACUGGAGAGAAACCAUAUAAAUGUGACAUAUGUGGCAAGGCCUUUAUUAUAAGUGGAAGCCUUACAUCUCAUCGGAAAGUUCAUACCAGAGAGAAACCAUAUAAGUGUGAUGUAUGUGGCAAGGCCUUUAGUAUAAAUAGAAGCCUUACAUCUCAUCGGAAAGUUCAUACUGGAGAGAAACCAUAUAAAUGUGAUGUAUGUGGCAAGGCCUUUAGUGUAAAUGGAAGCCUUACAUCUCAUCGGAAUAUUCAUACUGGAGAGAAACCAUAUAAAUGUGAUGUAUGUGGUAAGGCCUUUAGUGUAAAUGGAAGACUUAAAUCUCAUCAGAAAACUCAUUCUGGAGAGAAACCAUAUAAAUGUGAAGUAUGUGGCAAGGUCUUUAGUUUCAAUGCAAGCCUUGCAGUUCAUCGGAGAAUUCAUACUGGAGAGAAACCAUAUAAGUGUGUUGUGUGUGGAAAGGCCUUUAGACAAACUUCAUCCUUUGCAGUUCAUCGAAGAAUUCAUUCUGGAGAGAAACUGAGAGGGUAACAUGCAGGAAGGACAGGGGUCUCCAAACAGAGGAAAUAGGCUGCAAGUCUCUCUUAAAAUUCUGUGUUGCUAUAAUGACACCUGGUUCCCCCUGAACUUAAUUUUUCUCUAAUCUCGAGCUAAACCUCAAGCAUUUUUCUUACGGAAAUGUUUUUCUUAAGCUAUGUUAAUGAAACUAUGUAUUUGCUUUGGAAUUGGCCUUUCUUCAAAAUGAUCCCUCCUAAGACUGUCAUCAAAUUUGACUGUCAUCAUACCAUGGGCUGAUGAUAGCUCAACAAAACAGUAUUUGUAUCAGUUGUUUUAUGGCUGGGGGAUGACACAUCUAUCUCAAAAUUUUUGCCAUCCUAUCUCAAAAAUGCAUAUUGUGGGAAAGGGGCCUGCUGAAACUCCCUCAGCCUUGAGGUGUCGCUCUUAUCUGAUGAAUAACUUUCUAACCAACAUAAAACAGCUUGCUAAAACUCGCAGGGGGGCACUCUCCAUCCCCCUUCUGACGUCUAUGUUGGAAGCUUUCUCUGUCCCUUUUUCACUUUAAAAACUCUGCUACACAAAAGCUCUUGAAUGAUCAAGCCUGGUCCCUGGUCCCAAAGCUAAAUCUUCAUUGGAGAUCAUGAAUCCCACACUAGUCACAAUAAGUUAUCAAAACCUUACAAAUGUAAGAGUUGUGACAAAGGUUUUAGUGCACAGUCAGCCUUAACUCACCAUCAGGCAGUUCAUCCAGGAAAGAAAGCAUAGAAAUGUGAUGUAUGGCUGGUACUUGAAAUGACCAUCAUAGGAAGCAUCAGAUAAUUCAUAGUGGAGAAAACUGUUACAAAUGGAACAACUGUGAGAAACAGUGCAAAUGUAAUGAGUGUGGCAAAGCCUUUAGUUAGAGUUCAGGCCUUAUAAUUCAUCAGGGUAUUCAUACUGUAUAGAAAGCAUACAAAUGAAAUGAAUGUGGCAAAGCUUCUAUUUCAUGUUCAGCCUUAACUGACCAUUGGGCAGUUCAUACAGGAGAGAAACUGAAGAGGAAAAGUUAAAAUUUUACCUCCUUCUCCUUUUGCCUCUAACUCAGCUUGCUUCUUGCAAAGUCUAGAUCACGUAGGUCUCAGAAAGUGGGGACUCACAAUACUAGUAACUGGAGCUUAUCCCAUUCACCCUUGUCUUGCUGUUUGGACUCACCCUAGCCCCUGCAAACCUGCUUAAUCAUGCCUGUCCCUGUAUAAAAACUCUGUAACCCCUUUGUUCGGGGCUCAGAGCUUGGAGUGUUAACUCCUCUGGGCCCACCAGCGUAAUAAA